GCGUGGGGGGACAAUCGCGCUGGGGGGGCGCGGGUAAUGCCGAGCGGUAAUGGUUACUGAGUGUCGCGGUUCGGCCCGCGAAUCAGGUGCUGUUUUCACAUUCGGGAAAAGCAAAUUUGCAGAAGAUAUUCCUAGCAAGUUCUGGUUCAAAAAUGACAAGCCUGUACUUAUAUCAUGUGGAGAUGAACAUACAGCUAUUAUUACAGGAAAAGGCAAACUCUAUAUGUUUGGCAGUAAUGACUGGGGCCAGUUAGGACUAGGAUCGAAGAACACUGUCAGCAAACCAACGUGUGUUAAAGCUUUAAAACCAGAAAAACCAAAACUUGCUGUUUGUGGAAGAAACCACACUUUAGUUUACACAGAAAAAGGAAAUGUCUAUGCUGCUGGAGGAAACAGUGAAGGCCAGUUGGGAUUAGGUGACACAGAGGAAAGGACCACAUUUCAUUUAAUUAGUUUUUUUACCAACCAGCACAAGAUCAAGCAACUAUCAGCUGGAUCAUACACCUCAGCAGCAGUAACUGAGGAUGGGCAGCUCUUUGUAUGGGGUGAUAAUUCAGAAGGUCAGAUUGGUCUGGCCAGUGAAGCCUCUGUCAGUAUCCCCUGUAAAGUGGAUAUUGGAAAACCUAUUGCCUUUGUAUCCUGUGGAUAUUAUCAUUCUGCCCUGAUUACAGGAGAUGGUGAGCUCUAUACUUUUGGAGAACCUGUGAAUGGGAAACUGGGAUUAUUCCCUGAACAGCUCAAGAACAAUAGAGUCCCACAGCCUGUCCUGGGAAUUAUGGAAAAGGUUAAAAAAGUUGCUUGUGGUGGAGAACACACUGUGGUGCUGACAGAGAAAGCUGUUUAUACUUUUGGCCUUGGACAAUAUGGACAGCUGGGACAUGGAACUUUUGUGUUUGAAAGUUCAGUACCGAAGCCUGUGAAACAUUUGAAGAGGCAUAAAAUAUGUAACAUUGCAUGUGGGGAAAAUCACACUGCUGUGAUAGCAGAGAAUGGCCUCAUGUUUACUUUUGGAGAUGGACGACAUGGCAAGUUAGGAUUUGGAGAAGAGAGUUUUACAAAUUUGUUUGAUCCCACUCUGUGUUACAAUUUCUUGAAGUUCACAGUCCUUUUGGUUGCUUGUGGUGGUUGUCACAUGCUGGUUUUUGCUGCUCCAAGACCUAAAGGAUCUGAAGUACUCUUGGAAGAUUUAUUUGAGCCUCGUUUGACUGCUACAAUCCCUCAAUCCAGUGGGGACUUUGUACUAGCAAACACUUUGCAACUAUCAGCAGCACGAAUGCGACGUCGAGAGAGGGAAAGAUCACCAGAGCAAUUUGCUAGAAUGGCACAAACUCUGCCUCCAAUGGGGGAAAGCUUCUUAAAAUCUUCAUUGCCUGUGACAAGCAACACCAGCCCAUUCUGGUUUUCUGCAACAAGUCGUCCUAAAUCUGAAUCUGGGAGGGAUGGAGACCAUGAAAAAGGUGAAGUUGCUUGUGGUGGUUGUCACAUGCUGGUUUUUGCUGCUCCAAGACCUAAAGGAUCUGAAGUACUCUUGGAAGAUUUAUUUGAGCCUCGUUUGACUGCUACAAUCCCUCAAUCCAGUGGGGACUUUGUACUAGCAAACACUUUGCAACUAUCAGCAGCACGAAUGCGACGUCGAGAGAGGGAAAGAUCACCAGAGCAAUUUGCUAGAAUGGCACAAACGCUGCCUCCAAUGGGGGAAAGCUUCUUAAAAUCUUCAUUGCCUGUGACAAGCAACACCAGCCCAUUCUGGUUUUCUGCAACAAGUCGUCCUAAAUCUGAAUCUGGGAGGGAUGGAGACCAUGAAAAAGAAAACAAUCAUCAAAAAGAUAAACCUGGUGAAGUCUCUUCAGAACAAGAUUCAGAUAAUGAAAAUACUGACAGAAACCUUGGGGAUACAACUGACAUCCUAAAUGUGACACAUGCAAUGAAGUUGAAUCCUGGUGACUGGUCCUUAAAAUUAUCACCACUCCAAAAACAGAAGAAGAACAGUAAAAAUGUGAAACUGAAAAGAGAUGGUAAGGGUGGGCUAAAAACCAAGGAUUCUGAUUUCACAAAGGAGGGCUCAAAAUUCAAGUCUAGCUCUUUACAAAAGCAGUCCUCAAUUUCAGGGUCACCUGGACAAGAUUUAGAAAAGAGGAGUGCCUUUGUAGGGAAGCCUGUGGCCAAAAAAAGUAUAAAGAAAGGUAAAUUUGAGCAUGCACAAAGUGAUACUACUUUGAAAAGUGAUGCUCAAGAAAUUACUGGGGACAAAAGCAUAAUAGUGAAAAGGGAGAAAGAAUAUGUGGAAAAUCCUGAUUUUUUUAGACAGGAUGCAACUUAUAAUCUUCCCACUGAAAAUCAAAUUCUGACUGAAAAAAUAAGUUCUUCUAAUAAAAAGCCAAAAGCUGUUAAACCUAAGCAAUCCCUUAAAAUAGAGGUACUUCCUUCUGCUCCCAGGGAUCAGCCCCAGACUGAUUCAUUAACUGUGCAAGAAUACAAUCCUGUUAAAAAGGAAGGGAGUCAGAAAACAACAGAAAGUCAAAGCAAAAUAAAGGAUGGUGUUGAAAAAUCGGACAAGUGUGAAAGAAUAAGUGUCACAGGACAAGAAAGUAGUGCAGAACAGAAGGAGCUUAAAAAAAAGCAUCAGUUUUUGAAACAAAUAUCUGUAACUUCAUCAUCAUCAUCUUCAACUGAGGAAAGUACUAAUGAUCUCCAAAAAUACAUACUUAAGGAAGAGGUGCACUAUGAACACAGAGUUCUCCAGAGGACAAGGAGAACAGUGACACAUCUGGACUUAGAAAAAGACAGUGAGAUUGAGGAGAUGCAAGCUACAAACAAUGAGAAAGAAAGUGUAGAGCAGACUGAUGUAAAAAGCCUGAAUGAGGAAGAAACAAGCUCUGAUGCUAAAUCUGAUGUAGACAGGCCAUUAGAAAUUAAGAAUGAGGAGGAAUCUGAGCAGGAGCAGGAGAAUGAGGACAGUGAAAAGGGUGAAGAUGAAAAAGAAAAACUGGAUGAAACAAUUGACAGUGAAGGUAAACUAGGGGAGGAAGAAGAAGAGGGUGAAGUUGAAAAAGACAGAGAUGAAGUUUCAGUAGAAAAAGAUGAAGAGGGAAAAGAUAAUGAGGAAGAAACUGAAAAAGAAUCACAGGCUGAAAGAGACAGUGGGAAUGAGGGUGCAGAGGAGACUGAGGAGGUCAGCCAGAGAGAUGGCAAAGAUCAAGAAGAUGAGCAAGGCAGGUUGAUGGAAGAAGAAGAAAUGGUGAGUGAGGGAGAAAAGGAGGAUAUGGAGGAGAAAUAUGAGAAAGAGGAAGGCACUGAAAAAGAGAAAGAGCAGGUUAAAAGUGAGGGAAGAGAUGAGAGUGAGGAAGGAGAAGAAGAUACAGAGGAAAAGGAAGAAAAAGAUGUAGAGGCAGAAGAGGAAGGAGAAGAUGAAAAGGAAGGUGAAGAAGAAAAAGAAAGAAUGAAUGAAAAAGACAAAGAAGGUGAAGAGGAAGAGUUGGGAGAAUCAUUGGCAGGGAGGGAAGAAGAGGUAUCCGAAGAAAAACAGGAUGAGGAAGAUGCAAAUACAAAAACUAAGGAAGUGGGUGAGGAUGGAGUGGAAGAAGGAAAAGAUGGGGAGGAUGAAGUGGAAGAGGAAAGAGAAGAUGAGAAAGAGGAAGGAACAGAGGCAGAAGCAGAAGGGGAGGAGGGGGAAGAAGAUGAAAAGGAAGAAGAGGAGGGGGAAAGUGAACAGAAAGGGGAAGGUAAAGGAAAGGGAGAAGGAGUGGAAGAAGAUGAGGGAGUAGGGGAGGAAGAAGAGAGUGAAGGAGUGGAAGCAGAGGGAGAUGAGGAAACAGGAGAGGAAGAAGAAGAGGUAGAGGAGGGAGAAGAGGGAGGGCAGGAAGAAAAAGAAGGAGAAAGGGAAGAGGGGGAAGAAGAAAAAGAAGAGGGUGAAGAAGAAGAAGAGGAAGAAGAAGAAGAGGAAGAAGAAGAGGAAGAGGAAGAAGAGAAAGAAGAAGAAGAAGAAGAAGUAGAAGAAGAAGAAGAAAAAGAAGAAGAAGAGGAAGAAGAAGAAGAAGAAGAAGAAGAAGAAGAAGAAGAAGAAGAAGAAGAAGAAGAAGAAGAAGAAGAAGAAGAAGAAGAAGAAGAAGAAGAAGAAGAAGAAGAAGAAGAGGGGGAAGAAGAAAAAGGGAAAAAGGAUGAGGAGGAAGAAGAAGGAGAAGAGGGAGAGGGGGGAGAAGAAAAAGGGGAAGAGGGUGAGGAGGAAGAAGAAGAAGGGGGAGUGGGGGGAGAAGGUGAAGAGGAAGAGGAGGAAGAAGAAGACGAGGAGGAAGGGGAUGUAGGAGAUGAGGAAGAAGAGGAUGAGGGAGAAGAAGAUGAGGGUGAGGAAGAAGAAGCAGAGGAAGAGGAAAAAGCAAAAGAUAAAAGGAAAAGUGAUAGUAGGAAACUUCCAGGAAAGAAAAGCAAACCCAGGAAGCCAGAAAAGACAGAAAGUUCUGCUUUACCAAACAGCUCUAAACAAAACAUGAAAUCCAAACGUCACAUAGCAAAUGGUUUACAUAAUUCAGAACAAUUUUGGAACAAUGUGCUACCUCAUUAUUUAACACUAAAGUAG